CCCGGGGCUGCUGGAGGGCGCGGGCGGCGCGCGGGCGGCCUCCUGACGGGCGCGCGCCCCGGCCCCUCGACGGGGGAGCGGGCGCGCGCCUCCUGCCGGCCGCCGCCGGGCACAGCAGGCAGGUAAGCGCGGCGCCGCGGCCGCCCCGAUGGAGCGGGUGAGCGAGGCGGCCGCCGCCGCCAGCAACCCUUGUGGCGCGACCCCGCCGAGCUGCUACACCUACCAGGUGAGCCGGCACAGCGCCGACCUGCUGCACAGCCUGAACCAGCAGCGCAAGAACGGCGGGCGCUUCUGCGACGUCCUGCUGCGCGUGGGCGACGAGAGCUUCCCGGCGCACCGGGCCGUGCUGGCCGCCUGCAGCGAGUACUUCGAGUCGGUCUUCAGCGCGCAGGGGCUGGGCGGCGAGGGCGGCGGGGCGCCGGAGGGGGGCGCCGGCGAGGCGGGCGGCGGGGGCCCCGGUCCCGGCGGCGGCGGCGGCGGCGGGGCGCGCGAGCUGGAGAUGCACACCAUCAGCUCCAAGGUCUUCGGGGACAUCCUGGACUUCGCCUACACGUCGCGCAUCGUGGUGCGGCUGGAGAGCUUCCCGGAGCUGAUGACGGCCGCCAAGUUCCUGCUGAUGCGCUCCGUGAUCGACAUCUGCCAGGAGGUCAUCAAGCAGUCCAACGUGCAGAUCCUGGUGCCGCCCGCCGCCCGGCCCGACGUCAUGCUCUUCCGCCCCGGCGCCGCCUCCGCCGCCGAGCUGGGCUUCCCGCUGGACAUGACCAACGGCGCCGGCCUGGCGCCCAACGGCAACGGCAUCGCCGGCAUGCCCGAGGACGAGGCCACGCGGGCCGUCCUCUCGGCCGCCGCCCAGGCCUCGCUGCCCGUGCUGCAGGGCGUGGACCGGCUGCCCAUGGUGGCCGGGCCGCUCUCGCCGCCCCUGCUGGCCUCGCCCUUCCAGAGCGUGGGCGGCGCCGGCCCCUCGCUGGGCAGCAAGCGCGGCCGGGGGCGCCCCCGCAAGGCCAACCUCCUGGACUCGGUGAUGUUCAGCGCCCCGGGCGGGCUGCGCGACGCCGGCAUCCUGCCCUGCGGCCUCUGCGGGAAGGUCUUCACCGACGCCAACCGGCUCCGGCAGCACGAAGCGCAGCACGGCGUGACCAGCCUGCAGCUGGGCUACAUCGACCUGCCCCCGCCGCGGCUGAGCGAGAACGGCCUGCCCGGCCUGGAGGACCCCGAGGCGCCCCGCAAGAGGAGCCGGACCAGGAAGCAGGUGGCCUGCGAGAUCUGCGGCAAGAUCUUCCGGGAUGUUUACCACCUGAACCGGCACAAGCUGUCGCACUCCGGCGAGAAGCCCUACUCGUGCCCCGUGUGCGGCCUGCGCUUCAAGAGGAAAGACCGCAUGUCCUACCACGUCCGCUCCCAUGACGGUUCGGUGGGGAAGCCUUACAUUUGCCAGAGCUGUGGAAAAGGUUUCUCUAGGCCUGACCACCUGAAUGGGCAUAUCAAGCAGGUGCACACAUCGGAGAGACCUCACAAAUGUCAGCAGGAAAAUUCCAGCUUCCAGGGGAUAAACUCAGAGACCUCUACAUCCAUAGAACAGUUGAAACUUCAAGAGACCUGCAACGCUUCCUUUGCCACCCGGGACCGGCUGCGCUCUCACCUGGCUUGCCACGAAGACAAAGUUCCCUGCCAGGUCUGCGGGAAGUACUUGCGGGCCGCGUACAUGGCGGAUCAUUUGAAGAAACACAGCGAAGGACCAAGCAACUUCUGCACCAUCUGCAACAGAGGUUUCUCCUCUGCCUCCUACUUAAAGGUCCAUGUUAAAACCCACCACGGUGUUCCCCUUCCCCAGGUCUCCAGGCACCCGGAGCCCAUUCCGAAUGGGGGAGCGGCGUUCCACAGCGUCAGGACCUAUGGCAUCAAAGAAGGCCAGAAAUGCUCACAUUCGGACCAGAUUGAGAGCUCAGAUUCCUACGGAGACCUCUCUGACACCAGCGACCUCAAGACGCCCGAGAAACAGAACGCCAACGGUUCCUUCUCCUGUGACAUGGUGGUCACCAAAAACAAAUUGGAGUCAGAGGGGGAUAAGAAGUACCCCUGCCCCGAAUGUGGCAGCUUUUUCAGAUCCAAGUCCUAUCUCAACAAACACAUACAGAAAGUCCAUGUCCGCUCCUUGGGGGCCCCCUUAGGGGACUUGGCCUCUGCCUUGGGGUCCCCUUUCUCCCCCCAACAGAACAUGUCCCUGCUGGAAUCGUUUGGGUUUCAGAUUGUGCAGUCCGCAUUUGCCUCGUCUCUGGUGGAUCCAGAAGCCGACCAGCAAGCGAUGGGGCCAGACGCAAAGUGAGGCGCCUUGGCUCUUCAGAAGCAGCAGUCAGUUUUUAUUUUCUAGAGAAGAUGGCUGUGAGAUACCAGAUGCAGUUUUAGAGUGGGGAGAGGUUGACUUAAAUUCCCUUGAGGUGCCCACCCUCCCUCCUCUUUUUUUUCUCUCCAAACCCUUCCCCGGAUGGAGACAGUUUUCAGCUAACAGCCUGCGGAGUCCCUGUACGAGGGUGGAGGCGUAGGGGGUGGGGGAUCUUGAGCAGAUGGUUGGCAGAGGCCUGGCUCGGAGACCCCGUGAACAAAAAAGAUGCCCCAAAGCUGGAUCCAGAAUUGGGAGAUGUCCUGCUUCAGCUGGCAAAGAGCCCAGCGCUCCUCUGCCCUUCGGCCUUCCUCUCUGCUCAGGAUUCCCACCUUGUCUGCUCAUCCACACAUCCCCCGUGGUACCCGGUAGGUAGCGUGGCUUGGAAAGGAAAAUCCACGGGAGGCCAGCCUCUCAAAGCCAGCCACGGUUUUCCUUUCAAGAAGACAGGGAAGUUGGCAAGAAGCAAAGAGAGGCCACCAAGAGGAGAUGCCGCCAGAUUCCCAAGCUGACCAGAAGGCUUCCCGAAACCCUUCCGGAGGGCAUAGCUGCAGCUUCCCGGAGGAUCUUGUGCAGGGACGCCUCAGUUGUGUGGCUGGCUUGUUUUUCUGAUCCUCAACACUUGGCCAUUAGUUUCCUUUCUCUCUCUCUCUCUCUCUCUCUCCCUCUCUCUCUCUCUCUCUCUUAUAAUUAUGGUUAUUAUUAUUAUUACAUUUAUGAUUUUAGGACCUGUUGUAGUGAUUUGCUACUGAGAUGCCUUCCAGGGCAAUUAUACAGAGAGCUCUUAAAGCAGCAGUCAUGUUAGGAUAGGAUUAAUUUUUUUUUAGAUGUAUCAUAAUUAAAACCUUGCCUAGUUGAUUGUUUUUAAGUCUACGGGAUAAUAUAGUUAUGCAAAGUGAAAGAAAGUUGGGGGUGGGAGAAAUAAGCUUAAACUUUAAAAGAAGGUAAGAGGGCACUCUUGGUUGGUUGGUGCAUAAAGACCUCCAGACGUUUAACAUUUUCAAUUAGAUGGUAACGUUUUUUUGUACCACCAACCUCCUGUGCAAAUAAAUAGAGAGUUCACAGAGUGAUUUCAAAGCAGAAAAUAAUUAUUGGAUUGGACUGCAUUAAAGAAGUUAGAAUGUUACUUUAUAAA